AUGAGGUGCACCUUCUCCCUCUUCUGCGCCUUCCUUGCGCUUCUCGCGCUUUCUCUCGCAGCCCCGGACUCCAUCGACGCCGACAGCCUAGUCUCCUCCUCCGUUCAAGGAAUUCCCCAAGGACCAUCGAUUGUCGGUACUUCUCCCGCCCCAGCUAGUUCCCAGGUAUCAUCAGAAGAUACCCCCUCCGAAGGCGAUUUGCUCGCCGAGCUCCAUGGCUUCACUAGCACAAACACAACAUUGUCGACUGCCAGCUCCGACGUUCACGUUGCCGAUGUCGAGGAACAGUGGAAGCAUCUCAAAGGCUGGUAUCGUGUUGAUGUUCGCCUCGGCAAGGGAGCUACCCACGCUGGAACUUUCCAACAGGGACGGAUGUAUGAACGCAUCUACUCAAUCCUCAAGAAGUGCAAAAAAGGAUCUACCAUAGACGACUGCUCUAUUCGCAAUGCGGUUUUCCGGGAUGGAGACAACAAUUAUCGAACAGACUCGGCGCUCGUUCUCGAGAUUGAGCACGAGUACUUCAAUCCGGAUUUACCAGAUCUCCAGGACUUGGGAUACCGUAUGAUGGCUAGCGUGUACCAGAAGAUGACUGAAGUACCACGGAACUGCUUCAGAAUCGGCGAUUUCAAAGACAACAGCGGUGGUGACAGAGACUUGUUCUUUUGCUCCGUCCCGGCCGAGGCGUUGAUAGUAUACCCGACCAACGGAGGCCCAGUUCAGAUGGUUCUCAUGAUCAAACUGGAAUGGGAUCACAAAACUUCCGAUUGGACCUACGAAUGUGAUGGUAAAUCGGACAAGGGCGUUGCAGAAUACGCGACCCAACCAUUCCGCAAUGGUUUCAAUGAAGAAAUCGCCAAGAUGCACGGAUGGAGAGCAGACCGAGUUACCCCCUUCGUCGACUGUUAUUCCCUCGGAUGCUUCUACUAUGAUCCGAAAAACGAUGGAAAGACAUGGGAUGAGCAAAAUGUAAAAUGUACACCGCGACGGGAUCCGAUAGGGUGUACUAAGGACGAGGGUGGUCCCAAGCCUGAAAACCAUUGUCCUCCAAAGUACCCUGGAUGA